AUGCCGUGCCGGGCGCUGCCCUUCCGUGCCGUGCCGUGCCGUGCGGAGCCCGGCCAGCGCCGGGAGCCGCCCCGCCCGCGCUGUGCCCGCGGCCCCGGCUCUGCCGCGCUCGUCCCCGCCAAGUCCGGCCCGCGCCGGGGCCGCGCUGGGCGCGAGCGCAGCGCCCCCCUCCGGCCGCGCGCCGCCGGCGCAGCCGCGGCCGUUGCGCCGCGGGCGUUGCGGCCACAGGCGGCGAUCGGAGCCAUGGCGGAGCUGCCGCUGCCCGCCGGGCUCAGCGCCAGCGCCUUCCCCGCCAAGCUGUGGCGCCUGGUGAACAGCCCCCGCGUCCGCUCCGUGCGCUGGGACAGCCGGGCCCAGGGGCUGCUCGUCCACCGCUCCCUCUUCGAGCGGGAGCUGCUCGGCCCGGGCGACGCCCACGGGGGCGGCCAGGGGGUGGGGCCGACGCCGGACUCCUUCCAAGCCACGCACUUCGGUAGUUUCGUGCGGCAGCUCAACCUCUACAGCUUCCACAGGGUGCCGAGCCGGGUUGGCUCAUCUGAGCCCGGCGAUGCCGGGGGCUGGCUCCACUUCAGGAACCCCAACUUUCGCCGUGACCGCCCCGACCUCCUGCUCCAUAUCAAGCGCCUGACCAGGGCCAACAGGCAGCGGCUGGCAGCGGGGCUGGAGGUGCGCAGCCGCCAGCCCAGCCGCUUCCAGCAGCUCCGCACGGAGCGGCCGCUGGCGUCCUUCCCCGCCGGGCAGCCGCCCAGAGCCGUGCUCUCAUACCAGGACCUCACUGCUGCCUCACCUGAGGGUUUACAGCUGCCUCCAGGCCCUUCCAGGCUAAGUGCAGGUGCUCAGGAGUCUGACUUCUUCCUGACAUCUCCCAAGAAAGUCUUUGCCUCAUCUGGAUUUCUUGGGGUUUCAUCAGAGGAACCAGGCACCAGCAAAUUUCAUCUCAAGCGUGAGCUCAUCAUUCCGCUGGUUCCCAUAGACUGCAGAUGCCGCCCUGAGCUCACCGUUUCUCUGCGUCCCAUAGACCAUCACAGCCCUUCCAUGGCCUCUCCAGAGGGAAGCAGCUGCACAUCUUCAGAGCAGUAUUUGCCAGCCUGCAGUUCAUCAGCCACCCCAGGCACUUCAGGCCCCAGCGCUCCAGCUGGCAGUGCUGGUUUUGCACCAUGGACAGCCCCCAGCUGGCUGUGGAAUACUCCUGGGCAAGAGGAAUUGCCACCACCAGAUCUGGACAUGGUGCUUGAGACGCUGGAGGAGAUGUUUUCUCCCUCUGCUCAGGGGAAUAUUAAUGUUGCCCCUGAGUCUUCAGGAGGGCAGCCUGUGGACAGAGCUGAAGCAGAAGGAGCUUUGCCUGGCACCAGGAGGUGCGGGAACAAUUCCCAGGAGCCCGAAGAGCUUGAUUUCCACCUAAUCUACCUUGCCAGGAGGGCUGCCCUGCAUGAGAAAAAGGAUCGGAGGGAGAGCCUGUGACCAUCGGGCAGGUGGAAUCCCUCCAUUUAUACAUAGAUUUAUAGAUUUCCAUAGUUCUAUUUAUAUAUCCAUGUAGUUACAUUGAUUGAUUUAUACAAUCCUAUUUAUAUAUCCACAUAGUUAUAUUUGUAGGUUUAUAGAGGACAUAUAUAUAUAUAUAUACAUCUAUACAGUUAAAUCUAUAUAUAGUUUUUGAUGUGAUAGAAUUACAUUUAUGUGCAUGUAGUUACAUUUAUAGAUUUUAAAAUUUACAUUUAUAUACAUAUAGAGUAAUAAUAUAUUUUUAAUAUUUUUAUAUUUAUAAAUCUGCAUCGAUAUGUAGUUAGAGUUAUAUGGAUUUUUAGAUGGAUAGAUUGAUGUUAGUGUAGGUCUAGGCAGUAUUUUUACCUCUUUCCCCUCGGCUGCCUUUUUCACCUCUGGCUUUUCCCCCUGUGCCCCCUGUGUCCCCUCUCCCUGGGCUGGGUCCGAGCUGGCGGCCGGGCCGGGCGCAGC